AUGUUGCAAUGGCAACAGAACACAAAGAGCGCAAUCACCAAGGUCGAUGCGAGCACAUUUGAGCAGGUCCGCGGAAAGGAUAUUCUGGACUACGUCAAAGCUAACCCUAUAGAUAUGGGAGGCCGAUGCGAAAUUCGCUUGACUGAUGUUGCAAAUUGGAAGGAUAAUUUCGGAUUCAACCCUUUCGUUUUUAACCUGGACCAAAAUCGAACCAAAGGCCCUGAAAUCAAGGGCUACCUCAGGCGGUCUACUGACCAACAGGAUAUGCCCAUCAUUUUCGUUAAGACUAAGUAUAUUGGCGACUUUGAAGCUCUGAUAAAGCUUUACGAGACCGGUGAAUUGCAAGAGAUGCUUCAAUAA